CCAAACAUUAGUCUAGUGAUUGAUGGUGUGUACUGUGCAGAAAUAAAGGCAAAAGAGGAUGUGAGUCUGUUACCUAAACCCUGGGGGUGAAGACCCGAGAACAGUGUCUAAGAUUAUGAUUAUGGAAAAUCCACACUGAGUUCAUUGAUGAACGAAAAUACGGUUUUUGUUGUUGUUUGUAUCCUGUUAUGUGGCCAGCUGAACUCUUUAUCUGGUUCAUGCUAGUAAGGGAUUAUUAUCCUAUUCUCUUCAGCCACAGUACAUCUUCAUAGUUCUGCAUGAACCAGAGUUUAAGUAAGAAAGCAAGCAGGUGUACCAGCGGUUUAUGCCCUGUCCAUAUCAAAUUAACAAGACCUACGGAAAUACCGCAUGAUAACCAUUCACAUAUAAGUCCAGCAUCCUCAAUGGACCAUACACUGGUGACCAAGUUUUAUCCAAACAUGCCAACCAGUUCAACAAUUUGUACAUACUAAAGUAGUACCAACUGCAGCCUCAAUGGAUAUCCUACACUAACAACUUCACAUAUCUAAACUUAUUGUUGCAGCUCAUCUUGAUAAAUUGAUUAUUCUGGUUCGUUGAGUUAAAUGUGGACUACUAGUGCUUGAUAUAUCCCUCUCACUUUAAGUGACGUGCCUGUCUCAGACAUCGUUUCAAAGAAGAUAAAUGUGACACUUCAACUAUUGGAUGUUAAAUUUUUCCUGUUGCAGUUAGUUGCUAAUGCUAUCCGUCUUUUGCUCAUCUUUCGACACAUAUAUAAGCGUAAUAGUUUGAUUAUGUCCUGUGCAAGUUUGAUUAUGUCCGUCUUUUGCUCAUCUUUUCGAUUUUUAGCUCUAGACUGAAAUGUUCACUUCAACUUUGAUUAUGUCCUGUGCAAGUUGUUCAAAUUUAAAUUCUUGGCUUUAAUGUGGUGAUUGAAGUCACUGUAUAAACAAGAUCCACUUUGUGUAUGCUCAUACAGACGCAUUGGUUAGUAGUAGGCUUCCUUUCGAUGCAGCUGUAGCAUGAAUGUUAGUGUUAUUAUCAUAGUAGUGUUUCAGAAAAGCUCAGGAAUCAUCAUUUUUUACUACAACCUUCUGCACAUGUUUGCUGGUACAACCAUCCAGUUUGUAUGAUCCUUUGUGUAGAUUGAGUGGUCGCGCACUGGAACAGUGAAAUUCUGGUCGCCUUUUUUUAUUCAAAUCCUGUCAUUGAAAUUGUGCAGAAAAUGAGCCAUGUUGUUAUUUUGUCUGUUGUCUCUUGCAGAUCGUUAUUUCUUUCACUACUCAUGCACAGACAGACUAGAUACCCUGAUUAUGUACCGUUAAGAGUGAUAGACAACUAUGUUUUUAAAUGACAUAUUGCUAACAUCAUUAUCUCCAAAUAGAUGAUUUGUUGCAAGUUGCAAUCAUACAGUUGAAUUAUUUUACAUAUGGUGGGAUGCCGACUAGUUAGUUUUUCAUCUUUUGCUCUUUUCCUGAUUCCUGAAGCAAUAUUAUUCUCAUCUUCUUUUCAUGCUUUUCGAUCUGUUAGAUCUUCAUGUGAUGGACCCCUACCAGAAUAUUAAUUAUUGACAUGGUAGCCUUUGUUAAUCUCUAUCGAUUUAAUGGAUUUUGCUUAUAUGACUUUUGAUUCACCAGAGAGCUUCUCCUACUGAUCUAAAACAUAGCCAAGGUUUUGUUUUGUCAUUAAUCCAGAAUCUAUUUUGUUACUUUGGAAUACAUUAAAGCGAAAGAAAGCAGGUGGAAGUACAGCAGAUAGUUAAAGAGAAAGCUACAAGGAACUAAUAAUUGCUUGGCAAUCUUGCCUUGGGAUCUGAAGAGAUUCUCUGUUCCCCUUUCAAGUCAAAGAAGAAAAGAAAUUUUUGUUAUAAUAAAGAUGAUGAUAUGAAUUGGAGAAAUUUUGAAGAGAGGAGGAAGAGGAGAAUAUUAACCCACAGCUCAUUACAUAUAUUCUCUUCAACAUAAACCCCAUUUCUUGCUUUCAUAUGUGGGAAACCAAGAUUAUAAAUACAAGUACUACUAGCCUUUGCAAGUUGCAGUCAAUUCAAGGAGAAGAAGAAGAAGAAGAGUUUUAUAAGUUAGAAUUUGCAAGCCUGAAUUUUCUUUUAUAAAGAUAGGUGAAAAUGGGUAAUGAGAAAACAGAAAAUAGAGAUAUGGAUUUAGUGUUGUCAAGUGAAGCUAAACCAAGACUGAAAUGGACUGCAGAACUUCACCGGCGAUUCGUCGAUGCCGUUACUCAACUUGGAGGUUCUGAGAAGGCGACACCAAAGAGUUUGAUGAGGUCCAUGUCUAUUCCUGGACUGACUCUAUAUCAUCUAAAGAGCCAUUUACAGAAGUACAGACUUAUCGGAAAGAAUCAGAGAUCAGAGAGUUGCAGCCAUAAUGGACCAGAAGAGGUUGAUUACAGAGAAUUGGAGAUUAAAAGUGAUCAUGUCAACGGCGAAAGCACGGGUGGACCUCGAACAGAGAUGGAUGAAAGCCUGCACAUAGCUCAAGCAUUGCAGGUACAAUUGGAAGUUCAGAAGAAACUGCAUGACCAGCUUGAGGUGCAGAAACAUUUGCAAUUAAGAAUUGAAGCUCAAGGGAGAUAUUUAGAAUCAAUUCUAACGAGAGCACAAGAUAAGCUGCUGUCUAACUACAGUACUUCUAGCGCAUUGAGAAGUCAAGUUACAGAAUCAUUAGAUACCCGAAACCACAGCUCUUCUACAUCUGAUCUGACUGAAAUACAAGGAUUCAGCUUUAUGAGUUCAAUGCAGAGGACAGUGAGAAGAGGCACUCUCACCGACUGUUCAGUGGAUAGCUCACUUACAUCAUCUGAAAGCUCUGGAAAGGAGAUCGAGAAAGUACGAAUCGAUUUAAGAAAAGACGACGACGAAGAAGAAAUCCGUAAUGAAUACAGCAAAGGUAUUCCAUUGCUUUCACUAAUGGAAACAGAAAGUUCUUCUAGCUCUAGAGUUGCAGGGAAUAAGAAAAGAAGUAAUAGCUGCAGCAUUUCUAAUGACACUACUAGCUCUGAGCAGCAACCAUUAGCUAAGAAACCAAUCAUUCAACCAGCUGGAGAAAUGAGAGAGUAUAAUUUUGGUGUCAAAGAACUUGAUCUGAAUUGUGAAUACCAAGUGGAUUCUGAAUCUUAAAAACAACAAUGAAGAGAAGAAUCUGAAUCACAAUUUAGAUGCAGUAGCUCUGAGGUAUAUACUACUUAUAAUGAAGAUAAUAAAUAGGUCUUAUAGUUUGCAAAUUCAAAUUCGAAUCUGAAUUACAUGAUUUUCUUUGUCUAUAGAUAUGUACAAGUCUAGAUUUUGUUAUAUAAAUUGGAUUUUGAAAUGAACCCUGAAAUCAAUACCAUAUCCAUACCAGAUGAACAAAUUCUGUUCUUUUUGAGUUAGAUGACACGUGGAUGACACCCACACAAGCCCCCAGUUUGCGAUUGCCGUGUGUUCACCCAAGAUUCUUCAGACAAAACCCAGUAACAAUUACAGGUCUAAUGGAAUCCUAAUUAUCAAUUCAACUCAAAACCCUAGGUUUCAUGAACCCCAAAUUGGUGUUUUCAGUUGUCAAAGCUUUGUUUUUGAUUUGAUAGAGAGAACAGAACAUAAUUUUGAACACACACACAAAACAAAAAAAAAAAAAAA